AUGUACUGGAGAUACCUGUUGGUGGCUCUUGUGGCCCUGGCCAAUAAUGUGGACUCAUUACCACGGUACAAGCAGAAUGGCCGUUCCGAUGAGAAUGAUCAUUGGGUUGGAAUUUGGGCAACGAUGCCUCAACUCGUCGAACCCGCAAACCUUCCACCGGUACCUUUUAAUGGCUCAGACUCGGUAUUUUACGAUAGUACUCUUCGCCAGACCAUUCAAGUUAGCCUAGAGGCAAACACAAUUCGUUUGAGAUUAUCUAAUGCGUUUGGAGUCAAUAAUCUCAACAUUACUAGUGCGGCUGUGAGCCGGACAUCCAAUAGUCAAGCCGGAACCAGUGUACUCCAGCCGGGGUCUACGCAGAAGUUGCAGUUUAGCGGAAAGUCGAGUAUUUCUAUCCCCAGCGGCGGCCUGGCUAUUACGGACCCAAUUAUAUUUCCAGUUCAGGCCCAGUCGGUUCUAAUGAUCGAUCUUUUCUUGGAGCAUGGGCAAGAAGGCUUCGCUAUCACGGGUCAUCCUGGAAGUAGGACCACGUCGUUCAUGAGUAUAGAUGACCAAGUCGGGGAGAAAAACUUGACUGGCUCUGUUCAAAGUAGCGAACAUUGGUACUUUAUCAGUGCAGUCGAAGGGCUUCUGAACAAGCGGGCUAGCUCCUUUGCAAUAGUUGGUGAUAGUAUUACGGAUGGUCGAGGAAGUACAACAAAUGCCAACAACCGGUGGCCGGAUCUGUUGCAAAAGAAAUUGAAUAGGGAGAAGGCUACAGAGAAAAUUGCUAUUCUCAAUCAAGCAGCAGGUGGAAACCGCAUCCUACAUGAUAGCUUGGGCCCGAAUGCUUUCAGUCGUAUUGACCGAGAUGUACUGGCACAGCCGGGGGUCAAAUAUGCGAUGAUAUUCGAGGGAGUGAAUGAUAUUGGUGUUGCAGGACCAGAUGUCAGCUCUCAAGCUGAGAUUGGGGAUCAACUUAUCAUGGCCUUCCAGCAAAUAGCAGCGAGAAUUCAAGCAGUCGGGAUAUUAUUUGGAGGAGCCACAAUUACACCCUUUGGGACACCGGCCAGCUCUAAUUAUACCCAGCCUUACUCGGAUUCAGAACGAGAAAAAACUCGCCAAAAGGUCAAUUCUUUUAUCAGGAAUAGUGGGAUCUUUGACUUUGUACUCGAUUUCGACCAUGUGUUGCACGAUCCGCAGAACCAGUCUGUGCUUUUGGGGAAAUUUGAUUCAGGAGACCAUCUCCACCCCAACGAAGCGGGAUAUCAGGCGAUUGCUGAUUAUUUCCCUUCUGAUUCCAAGGUUUUCUGUAGUGAUCAAAGCUGUGUAUGA